AUGGAUCUUCAUCAAGAGACUCUACUUCACGUUAAUGGCUUUGAGCUGCACGACUUUGUUGAAGAUCCCAACUUAGAUCACUAUAUCAAUUUUAUUCGGUUAGAGAAGAAAGAUGCUAUUUGUGACUUCAAUUCUGAGCUUAUCAAUGAAGCAUUCAUUGAUAAUUCUUUCUUGCCACACCCUGCAAUCCCAUCUGAUCAGUGCAAUAGUUGUGCAGCGAAUGUCUAUGAUCCAAACUCAACAACUAGCCCCUUCUCUUAUUUUGAUUGGGCAGCCAAAGGAGGGGGAGAAGAAGAAGAAGAUGACAUGGAGGAUUCAUCUGCAACAACAAUCACCACAACAACAAUCACCACAACACCAACCAAGAGUCUUGUUGCUAAGUCAAGACCAAAAAAUGAUAGGUCCAAAACUUCGAUUUCUGAGAGGAGGAGAAGAUACAGAAUGAAGGAAAAUCUUUAUGCAUUGAGAUCUUUGGUUCCCACCAUAACUAAGAUGGAUAAGGCCUCUAUAAUUGGAGAUGCUGUUUCAUAUACGCAUGAGCUUCAAACACAAGCCAGUAUGCUUAAGGCUGAGGUUGAAGGACUUGAAACAUCCUUAUUAGUGUCUAAAAGUUAUCAAGGAUCAAUUGAAAAUCUCAUGAAGGUUGAAUUCACCAAUAACAACCUUUCAGUACGCAAGAAGAUAAUUCAGAUAGAGAUGUUUCAAGUGGAUGUCAAAGGGUUUUAUGUGAAAAUAGUUUGCAACAAAGGAGAAGGGGUGGCUGCCUCAUUGUACAAAUCUCUCGAGUCUCUGACAGGCUUCCAUGUUCAGAAUUCAAACUUGUCCACAGUGAAAAGCCCUGAGCCAGAAAUGAACCUACUCAACCUGAAGCUUUGGGUGUCUGAAGCUUUUGUGAAGCAAGGCUUUGAAUUCAUACCAUUUUUUUAA